AGAUUCUUUGAGUAUAUAUUCCUCUACAAAGAUGCAGUGAUGUUUCAGAUUGAGCAAGUUACAAAGCUCUGCUCGAAGGUUGCUCUGACAGAGCCAUGGGAUCCGUAUGAUAUUCCUGCCAAUUCAACUUACGAAGAUCAGUACUACAUUGGGGGACCUGGAGACAAAAUUAUGGUACAGGAAUGGUCUGACAGAAAACCAGCCAGGAAACUGGAAUCGUGGGUUGGCGUUUACACGGUGGCAGACUGUUACCCUGUACAGGAAACCUACACGAAGAACUACAGCGUGACGACCUCCACUCGCUUUUUUGAUCUACAGUUGGGCAUUGCUGACCCCUCGGUGUUCACCCCACCCAGCACCUGCCAGACAGCCCAGCCCAAGAAGAUGGAAGGUGAAUGCUGAUAAUGGACUCUGGCUGCCCCUGGCAAACACGUAUUAGCCAAGAGGAUGGUUUAUUAGUAGCUCCUGACAUCUAACCGCAUU